AUGGCAGGCCAAGGAGGUGCUGGAACCGGGGGGACAGGGUCUCUGAUUAACAAGAUAGCUGUGGAUCUCGGCAGGGCCAACCGAGAGAAGACGAGCACCUGGUCCCGACCACGCGAGAGUGCUGUGGAAAUCGCAGUACCACCAGCAGAAUUUCACCUCAACUCGCCACGAGCCAGGGGCGUCGAAACCCACGAUCCGCCUGAGGUCGUCGAGCGGGCCCAAGGCGAGCCCAGCGGCCAUUUCGAAGCCUUCCAGAAGAAUCCUGCCCUGGCCGAUCAGCACGAGGCGCGAUCGAACCCAGGCCCGGGUGAUUACCACCCGCAAAUGCCAUCACAGGAAAACGUGCAACUCGAGGCGCUGCAGCAGCUGCCACAGCUGCCACACCAACAGCCUCGGCUGCUGCAGCGACAACGACAGGGUUCUUUGCCCUCAGUCUCGCAGUACUCGCAAAUGCAUUAUCACCAGCAUCAGGCUCACCUUGAACAUCGGCCGAGUCGCUCGCAACCACAAUCUCUGCCCGCACUGUCCCCGCGACAAGAUCAAUUCACCUCGUCGCCACACCCGCACCCGCACCCACACCAGCAUUGGGUCCCAGCUUCACCACGGCAGCGCCGGGUCCUCCAUCACACGGACCCUCAUUUUAUUUCCCACGACCCAAAACACACGGCGACGCCAGCACACCCGCAGCCCGACUUGUCCUUCUCGUCAUUCUCUCCUGUGAGGGCUCAGUUUCCGCAGUCACCAACACGAUACCCUUCCGAGUCCUACGCGCCUUUUUCCCCAAUACAAACUCAUCCCAUCUACGGUCGCAUCGAACCAGACGGCACGUCCUCUAGUCGAGACAACGUUGAGGCUCCGUGCAACCCAAGCCACCCGCCGGAACAGGUACCCCCCAACGUGGUCACCACCCGCAAGCAACGGUCGCUUCCAAACACUCCAGUUACCCCAACCUCUCCAGGCUAUCCGGGCCCUCGAUGGGAUUCCUUACCAACAAGGCGUCAGAAUAGCCUUGGGCAACACACCAGUACAGGUUUUGCGAACACUGCAACUGCGCCUGUAGCCUCUGCCUCAGGGCUACCUCCUUCUCCAAUCCGCUCACCCCAGUCGGCAACCUUCUCCCCGGCGGGCUUGUACUCGCAUCCUCAAAUUCCCGAGGACCAACCCAUCGACUGGAACUUCGACCGAGCCGAUACAAAUCGACAUGAACACGCAGCCGCGGUGACGCCCGGCUCACCUUCCAAAAUGUACCGGCCAGACAGCCGGCAGUCUGGAGAGACGGCCUACAGUGUUGCAACUGACAGUUAUAACUUUUCUCGUCCGAGAAAGCCCAGUUUGGGAAGCUUGAGCCGUCCCGACUUCUCUGCACCCAUGUACCUUCGACCUGGAACAGCCAAAUCCUCAAACUCGGACUCCAUCCGUCUCGAGUCAAGGACCAUGGCCUCGAGCUACGUACCCUACAGUGCAGGGCCAAGGCCUGCUCGACAACCCUCAAUCGCUUCCAAUCUGUCUUCGAGCACAUUUGCCUCGCCUGCGCCAAGCCUUUACAAUAAACCUUCCUACGACCGCCUUGGUGCUGCACCUCGCAACGUGUCUCAGAAUUCCGCCUCAGGUAAUUAUAUGGGCCUCCCCCACGCGGUCCGGCCGCCGUCUCCACUACGAAACCGUUCAGGCCCCUGGGCCCAGUUCCCGUAUCUAGACGAGGAUGAGAUGCGUUCCAGCAUGCGGAGUCAGCUUACGACGUCGACAGCCCAGGAUACCCUGUUCACGGAACCCGAGAGGUCCAGUGUCAUGACCAAAACAAGUUCCAUCUUCAGCACAGGCAACAGAAAUAGGAACUCUCCCUUCUUCGGUCCUCAUUCACCCAGCAUCGAAAUCCGGGAAAGCCUCAGCGUGGACGAUGUGAUGGGAAUGUAUGAGCAAGGCUUCAACGACAGCGAUAUGGACCUUUUCCACCGGAAGUCUAGCGUCGACCCCGACGUACCAGUGGUGCGGCUCGCCCCGGGAGGGAUGGACGACCAGGACGAAUCGAGGCCAGGAUCGGCCAUCUCCCACAACAGUGAGGCCGCGAGCCGCCUAAUCGCAGCCAUGAAUCAGCCCAAUUCGAUUGCAAUUCCUGGUCGAAGCUUCCCUCUACAUGCCGAUGGUGCUGUUCACAUUCGUGAUACCAACGCCUUCUUCCGAAAGAGUCUGGCUUCGUCUCUGCCCAAAGAUAUGAGGCUGAGUUACAUCAAUGCCGAGCUGAAGGAGACUGGCAUUGUCGACUUCGAGAAGCCAGACGAUGACGAAGCAUUCGAAGCGGACAGUGUACGACACAGCAGGCAUGAUUCAGGAAAAGAGGUCGGCCCUAACGACGAGUACUCCUCAAUCGACGAUCUGGAGAAACGACAAUCCAUGGUCGCGACCACAGACAGCACGCCGACGCUCCCAGACAAGGAAACACUAUCUCCUCUGUCGCCAGCUUCGACUGAGCCAAAGCCUGCCAUGCCUGCGCCGUCGCAGCCUGUGCAGGGUGCAAGUCAACCAGAAGAUCUAGAUCCUACUGCUAAUGAUCGAUACGGAUUCCGGAAAUCAAACCAGUAUGUCACACGCCAGCAAUAUGACGACUGGAAUGGGCCGUAUUCCGAAUAUCUUGCCAGGAGGAGGAAGAAAUGGGACGCUUUUCUGAAAGAGAAUGGGUUGAUGACCGAUCAUCCAAACCGGUUCCCCCAGCACUCCGCCAAAGCAAAGAGGUUCAUUAGGAAGGGCAUACCACCAGAGUGGAGAGGUGCAGCAUGGUUCUACUAUGCUGGUGGCCCCAAGAUUCUGGCAAACAACCGUGGUGUUUAUGACAAUCUGGUCAAACGCGCACAGACCGGAGACUUGAAAGAAGUGUGCAGGGACGACAUCGAGCGAGAUUUGUAUCGGACAUUCCCAGACAACGUCAAAUUUCGACGCUCGGCAAUGCCCACCGGCCUGACACCAGGGCACGCGUCGUCGCAGUCACCAUCGCCCGGCAACACUCCGGUACAUAGCCGCAAUAAUUCGACGCAGUCUGCAAACCCCACGCCAAAAGCCCCAGGCUCCGAGCCUGCGAUCAUUGAAAGCCUCCGUCGGGUUUUGUCUGCCUUCGCAAUCUUCAAUCCCAGCAUCGGAUACUGCCAGUCAUUAAACUUCCUUGGUGGCAUGCUUCUACUUUUUGUUGAGUCAGAGGAACAAGCCUUCUGGUUACUCAACAUCAUCACGAGGGUCUAUCUUCCAGGGACUCACGAGAUGAACCUCGAAGGAUCAAAGGUUGACCUGAGCGUGCUCAUGAAUGAGCUGGAAUCCGUACUGCCUAACGUGUGGACCAAGAUAUCCGAUGACGGUUCUGGAACCAGCAAGAAAAAGUCUAGACGCGCUCGAUAUCACAAACAUGGUGUCUCGGUCAGCGGCGACAACCUCCCACCUGUCACCCUCGCACUGACGGCUUGGUUUAUGUCGUGCUUUAUUGGCACUCUUCCCAUCGAGACGACACUCCGCGUGUGGGAUGUAUUCUUUUACGAAGGGUCCAAGACGCUUUUCCGAGUUGCACUCGCCAUCUUUAAGGCUGGGGAGAACGAGAUCAAGUCCAUCAGCGACCCUAUGGAGGUUUUCGCUGUUGUCCAGAGCCUCCCGCGCAAGAUGGUGGACGCCAAUUCCUUCAUGGACAUUUGCUUCAAGAAGCGCUCCGGCCUGAACCACCUUACUAGCGAUGUCAUCGACCAACAGAGGACAGAACGGAAGGAGAAAUUGCAGAUCCAGCGCAAGGAGGCCGUGGCCGCCGCAGAGGCGGCCCCGGGGAUUGCGACAGCUGCGACGAUAGCGGUGUCCAGGACACGUAAUGCAGACAUGUUGAGCGUUACGUCGGGCGACAGCAGCAGUGUGCGGAGGAAACACACGCUGUUUGGGCGCAGGCACACCAAGGAGCGCAGUCUCGAGGUCUAG